AUGACACCUGCCAAUGCCGAUGCCUACCUGAAAGCGUGGUGCGACUGUCCUCCUCUGGACAAAGUCGUUUUCUUCGAUGGCAAGAACUACCAGCCCCGUCCCCUGUAUUACAAGAUCAUUACAAAGUACAAAGAGAUUCAUGGGGGCAGUGGUGCCAACACGAAGAAGACUCGAUUGCCAAGAAGGCAGUUUGUUUCCAGAAAGCGGAAAACUGGAUUGAAUGCCUUUGAGAGGCGGCGGCAGGCUGAGCUUGAGGCUGCCGGAUCCCAAACAGGAGAGGAGACUUUGAAUUUGGAAGCCCUGGAUGCUAUUGCGAAAUGCAGUGCAAAGACGAGGCAGACCCAAACUCAGGUCGACCUCCGGGAAGCUGUGAAGAAGCUGCAGGCAGACCUUUGGCGGGACUUCACGUCUGGGCCCCUCUGUGGGACGGCCCAGAAGCUCAAGCAGCACGAGAAGGAACAUCUUGAGAACAAGGAGAAGUUGGGCCGGCUGGAGCAAAGGCAUUUGCAGGAGCAGCAUGUUACCCUGCCUCCUGGCUUUUGUGCUUUCGUCGUUCUUGGUGGCUGCAAGGAGGCGAAGACCCGUGUCAAAAAGCAAUUGCUUCGCCUUGGGGUCUGUGGCUCUGUUUAUGGUGGCUCUGACUUCCUGAACUAUAUCUCCGAGGAGAAGCUGCUUGCCAAGGUCGGCCCAAAUCACUUCGUCUACAUCUGCUGUGAUAGUGAUAGUUUCCUCCGGACCAUCCAUCCGUCAGUGCCAGAGGAUGACGACAUGAAGGAGGGAUGCAUCAGCCUCGCAAUCCGCGUCUUGGGCGGGUUCGUGGGGACGGAACAGUGGGUUAACCAUGCGGCGAAACGGCCGCACGAGCCGCCGGCCCCCAUCUUGCGGCUGCUCCCGGCCUAUGAACAGAACAUCCAGUUCUAUAUGUCGGACAAGGUUCACGAGAAGCUGAAGGGCAUCGUGGUUCAUCUGCAGAAUGCCUUGACCGAGAGCAUCCUAGCCCCCAACGUGCGGUGGAUGAUGAGAGAGAAGAGAACGCUUCUGUGUUCUGGCGGCAAGAAGUUCAGAAAAAGUGUGCAGGAGGCCACUCGGAAAAAGCUCGUCAAGAAGGGCGUGGCCGGAACAUUAGUGUCCAUCAAAGACUUCUUUCGUGUCCUGACCAAGGCACUUUGGAUCAAUAUGGGCAAACCACGUACCUCUGGUGGUGGCAAGCCAGCGAAGAAGCUGGCCAAGACCAAGGCCGACGACACGGAGCAGCUUCAGGACGACCAACAUUUGUGGACAGCGAUCCGGGAAAGCAUCGGUGUCAUCCGUGCUGCGAAUGCCUGGCCGGAAGCAGGCUCCGACCCGUUGCCUGCCGAGGGCCUGAUGCCCUUGGGUCCUAACUGGGAUGGAUCCAUGGUCAAGGACGACCAAGAGCAGCAGACGCGAGGGUGUGGAGUGCUCGGUGACCUGAACUGGGAACGAGCCGGCCCGGGCUGCGUUCUGUCGUGGGGCGAUAUGUGCGAUGCACGAGAUUUCCAUCUCAGAAAGGACCACAUUGACCCUUUGCCGUGCACCAUGGUUCUCUGCCAGGCGGAGACCAAGAGGGGAGAGCUCACUCCAACGAGCCACUUGCCGCACUUGGCGGCCUUCGUCAUCGAAUGGGCCCACCUGCUGGAAACCGAUGACCCCAAGAAGGACGUGUUCGCGAAGCGAGCGCGAGCCCUGCCUUUGCUCUUCGUGCGCUGCUCUCCUGACAGUGCGGAUGCUUUCUGGGAAUCUCACAAGAGAGGAGAAACGGUGCAAGCCGCAUCUUUCCAGGCAAGUGUCAGCUCCGAAGACAAGGUGGCAAAAUUGCUCAGGCUCAGAAAGCGAUGCCAGGAGGCCAACUGCUGGGAGUUCCUGAAGAGUAUGCAGUUCUUCAACAACAGCCCGACGUGGGCGAGCCGGUGGUCGGUAGUAACUCGGGUUCUGGGGAUUGCGAGCAGUCCCGACGAGUUCGGACAGCUGUAUAUCGGGAUGAAGGGCGACAACCCUGCACAAACUUUCCGAGUUGCCGUCAACGAGAUGAGCCGCGACAACCUGCUGGACACGUUUCAGGCUUUGGUUUGCACCCGCCAAUGCAUGCAGGCAAUCAUAGAGUCGACGACGGAGAGGGAAAAAUCUUCGGAGUGGAGAGACCUCCUUUCCACCUACGUGAAUCCGGAAAGCCUCAAGCUUUCGGGUGGCGGCUUCGCCGACAUCCACCAAGAAGCCUUCUUAGGCAAAACCGCCGAACAGGCAGCCGUCCUGCUUUUGCUGAAGCAGUUCUUGGACUUGGACUGUUUGCCAACCAUGUAUGCCGUGGUGGCUUCUCACGACACUGCUGUGAACCGCUUUUCGGACUCGCGGGUCCAGAACUUGGUGAAAAAAACAAUCGAGGAGCCGCUGGACGUGGACUAA